AUGGCUAGACGACAAGAUCAAGCCAUAGCUAAUGCCCUUCAGCGAUUGGCGGAUAUUUUGGAAAGAAAUGAAAAUCAUGUUAAUGGCCGAGCUCAACCUCAAGUACAAGUUGCUAAGGAAGGAGAGUAUCAAGGGUUGAAUAAAUUUUUGAAACGGAAUCCUUCUCAAUUUAAGGGAGGAUACAAUCCUGAUGGAGCUCAUCUGUGGAUAAAAGAAUUGGAAAGAAUUUUUGGAGCUCUUCAGUGCUUAGAGAAUCAAAAAGUCGCUUUUUCGACUUACUUACUAAUAGAGGAAGCUGAGAAUUGGUGGACCCAUGUUAAACAGAGAUUGGAAAAUGAAGGCAAGGAAAUCAAUUGGUUUACCUUCAAGGAAAUCUUCCUGGAGAAAUAUCUUCCUGAGGAUGUAAGAAACAAGAAGGAGAUGGAGUUCUUGGAACUUAAACAAGGAAACAUGUCAGUAGGAGAGUACGCGGCUAAGUUCGAGGAACUAGCUCUUUUCCACCCUCCUAAUUAG